GCUCGCAUCCAGGUGAGGGGCGCGGUCAUUGUUGGUGCAAUGAAUGGAUAAAAGCAUAGGGAUGACGUGGCCGGGAAUGCUGCGUGGAACCCGGGCGGGUAGGAAGACUUUGAGGGCAGGAAAAUGCAAUGUGAAGAAAGGCUGAUUGGAAAGAAGCAGCAGCAGCAGCAGCAGCAGCGACCGGUACAGCGGGGUGCAGAGCCGUCGUAGUCUACUAGAUGGGCGUGGUUUCGGGUUGCAGGGCAUGACUUGAGGAUGUUGGGCUCGGUUGCGAAGCUGUCAGAAAAGACUUUGCAGUGAGCAGUUUUGAUCCCAAUACUGAGGGAUGCUGCCUAGGGCUGCUCUCCUGCCUUCCUGAAAGCUGGUAUCAUGACCCUGACUAAGGGCUCAUUCACUUACUCCAGUGGAGAGGAAUAUUGUGGGGAAUGGAAGGAAGGGCGUCGGCAUGGUGUUGGACAAUUGACUUUUGCUGACGGCAGCAUUUACAUAGGACAUUUUGAAAAUGGUCUCUUCAAUGGAUAUGGAGUGCUCACUUUUGCAGAUGGCUCCAGAUAUGAAGGGGAAUUUGUACAGGGAAAGUUCAAUGGUGUUGGAGUCUUCACACGCUAUGACAACAUGAUCUUCGAGGGAGAAUUCAAGGGUGGACGGGUUGAUGGUUUUGGACUUUUGACUUUUCCUGAUGGCUCCCAUGGGAUACCUCGUAAUGAAGGCUUCUUUGAGAACAACAAACUCUUGCGACGGGAAAAGUGCCAGACAGUGGUCCAACGUGCACAGAGUGCCUCCAAGAUGGCACACAGCCUUACAGCAUAAGGGGUAUAAAUGCUACAACACCCUAACACAGGGCUUACCCAUGACUGGCAGCCUAAACCCGGAGGUUGGUAAGAGUGUGGAGUACAAGAUUCACAGAGGCAAAUACCAUUUCUAGGAUGCAAACUAUCACAACUCAACCCUGCUUGCCUUUAUCAUUUCCUUAAGCAGCUUGGCCCCUAUAAUGUGAACUGGUGCCAAAACUCAUGUAUGAAGCCUACGUCUCCUGUCAGUGUCACUUCCGAGAUCAUAGCACUUCCUUUGUCAGAAGCAUUCUCCGUUAGACAGAUUUCUAAUCCUAUAUCCCAAAACUGAGUUGGACACAAUGGGAAUCCCAAUCAACAGGGGCCCAUUAAUAUACAAUCCAUCUUUCUUGCCACAAAUCUAACCCAGCUGGAAUGUGAUCAGUUGAGUUGGUUUCCAGUGGUCAAAGGAGGGUUUAGAACUUGUAUUUAGCUUAGCUUUUUAUCUUCUUAUAUGUCCCUAAACCUCUAGUUGAUUCCUCACUGAGGCUCAGUCUUCCUUUCUUUAUAAAAAUUCAAUGAAUAAAUACAAAAGCAAAGAAUUAAAAUGUUGAGUGGAAUUAAGAAUUCUAGACUUUCUGAAUGUGACUUUCAACAGUUUUGCAGAUCAGCAUAAUAAGAAUGGCUUA